GGCAGUCCCGAUAAGCGCUUGAAUCAGUUGUCAGUCACCGCUCUGCGUUAUAUAGCUCACCUGACGAAAGUUCGCGGAUACAAAGUGAUCGUCAGACUUUUGCCACACCAUGUUUCUUUCCUCGAUAAGUUAUUAACUGUACUGGAGCAGUACACAGGCAAUAUUGGCACUGAUUUAUAUGAGCGUCACAUGCUUCUUCUGUGGUUAUGGAUAGUUUGUAAGAAUCCUUUUGAUUUUAGAAGAUUCGAUCCACUAGAUCAACCUGGAUCAACAACUAGUCGAAUUCUCAGUGUAGCCAGCUCAUAUUUAAAAUAUCCAUGGUCUACUCCGGCUGCUAUUCUAGUCAUUGCACAGUGUCUUGCGCGGCAUGAUUGUAUUCCACUUAUUCCUAAUAUCGUCUCAGAAUGUGCAGGCCAUUUGAUACAUAACUCGGAAAAUUUAUUGUGCCAUGCUGUACUCAUAUGUGCUAUCCUCAAACACGUGGAUAGAAAACAUCUUUUACCGCAUGUAUCCUCUAUACGAGAAGCUGUCGCUGUUCACUUUCCGUUGAAGAAAUCUGAAAAGGAUUCCUUGACCAGAAAGGUGUUUAUCAAACUGGUACAAAGACUAGCCUUAGUGGUCUUGAAGCCGAGACUCGCUGCUUGGAGAUACAGGCGUGGAAGGAGACGUCUGGAGGAGAAUUUGAUGGCUCCAAAAGCAAAUGGCGACCUUGUUUCGGCAAAUGAUUAUUUGAAUAACAACCACUCGGGUGCAAACGACAUUUGCAUGGAGGAGGACGAGGACGAGCACCCGGAUGAAGUGGUGGAAUGGGCAAUUGGUUGUGUGCUGUGCGCUCUCUCGGAUGAUCACACAACGGUGAGGUGGUCUGCUGCAAAAGGAGUUGGACGGAUCACAGCUCGGCUCCCUAAAGAAUUCGCCGUUCAAGUGGUGGACUCCAUUCUUUCCUCUAAUUUCCAUCGAUUGGCUGGUCACUGCUCAUGGCACGGGGGUUGCUUAGCCUUGGCCGAACUCUCGCGUCGAGGAUUUCUUCUUCCGGAAGCGCUUGAUAGGGUUCUGAAACAAGCUUUGUUCUACGAAGAACCUAUGGGAAGGCAUGCAUUCGGUAGCAACGUUCGUGAUGCCGCCUGCUAUGUUUUGUGGGCCUUUGCUCGCGCGUACGAGCCGGACGAGUUGAAGACGUUUGUCGACUCCGUUGCGACGAGUCUGAUGUGCGUCGCACUAUUCGAUCGAGAAGUAAACUUACGUAGAGCUGCAUCAGCAGCAUUCCAGGAGAAUGUAGGUCGUCAAGCCAACUUCCCUGACGGAAUCGCCCUGCUGACCACAGUGGAUUACUACACUGUGGGAAAUCGUUGGCGUUGUUAUACAAAGGCCUGCUUAGAAGUUGUUCGUUACCCAAAAUACGCUGAUGCCAUAGUUGAUCAUUUGGUGGAUAACAAGGUAACUCAUUGGGAUGAAUUGAUUCGUGAGCAAGCUGCCAUGGCUCUCGGUCUUCUUGCCCCUCUCCAUUCUGAAUAUGUUUCCAACAAACUUGGCAGUCUGCUCAACGGUUGCGUUGAUAUAUCGAUAUUAAUUUUCCCUAUUGUUCAUCGUCAUGGAUAUCUUCUUGCACUUUCUCAUUGUAUUCGAGGUCUUCUUCUCGCUGGAUUUCCAUGUAGCAAUGAUGUAAGAGCAUCUUUUAUUUUGUUGCGAACCAGUCUCGACAACAAGUGGGCUCUUGCUCGUCAUAGUGCCGUAGACGCUCUUGGGGAGAUAUUUUCUCGUCGGCCUUGUAAAGAAUGGAUUCCUCCCGUAUUCGAUGCCUUAUUUUGUGCCGUUGAAGACUACACCACUGAUUGCCACGGUGACAUUGGACGCUUUGUAAGUGGCUGUUACCUGGGUUCUUCGAUUUUUCAAAAUUUAAGCUCGCCAAGAACAAAUUUGUCUUUCUUCCAUAAUACCUUUGCAAUACACUGUCAGCAAUUUACCGUGAUGAGCAUGAUUUCAUUCAGGUUCGUUUUGAAUCUGUUCUAUUCUAUUCCUAUAUCACAAACAGCAGCCUUGUUUCUUAAGGAUUCCGUUUUCCUUUCAAUAACGCCUCUGCUCUUGUGUGAAGAAUACUACACUGACCUCAUUUGUGGCUUUGUGAUAUCUGCUGGAGGUGUCAGUGAGGGAACAACAAUGCGAGCUUCUCAGGCCUUGAUGGAAUAUCAACUUUCCACUUCAAAAGAUCUUAAGCGUUUCCUUGAGACGGUGGCUGAUCUGUUCGAUGUUGGCCGCAAAGUAGUCCGUAUUGGGGACAGUGUACUGCGACUGUUACCACAAAUUCUGUCGCGGCUUCAUGUCCUCGAGCAAUGUCCCGAUUCCUCAACGGCUCUCUCUCGUUUGCUUUUGCAUUUGACAAAGAUUGUGAAUUCUCGCACAGCAUCUCCUUUUCGAAUCAAAUGCGCGCUCAACUCAUUAUGCUCAUUACUUGGCUGCAAUCGUGAUAGUAUUACUUGGCGUACGGCAAUGCAAUUGGUCGUUCGAUCUUUGUCAAGUUCUUUGCCUGUAGUUAGACGUGCAGCAGCAGAAGGACUUUAUGAAAACGUGUGCCUUACAGAUGUCGAUGAUCAGGUACUUUUGCUAUUGACGGAAACAGUUUGGCAAGACACUUCACCCACAGCGAUGGUUUCAAUACAUGAUGCUGCUUCGACCAUAGAACGUAUUUUGUUGUUAGAAGGGGAUUCGUCAAAAACAAUGCUGUCUUGA